CCCCUUAACUCCAUGCUCAAGCUUGCCGAGCUCCUCUGCCUUGCCGGCAGCCUCCAUGUCACCUUCCUCAACUCUCUCUACAACCAUCGCCGCCUCCUCCUCUACUCUGACAUCACCACCCGCAUACAACGCUAUCCUUGUCUUCAGUUCGCAACCAUUUCCGAUGGCCUCCCGAAGACCACCCACGUUGCGGGGAACGGGUCAUUGAGAUGUUUGCUACUUUACAGGUUAGGGAACGCCACCACCAAGCCGCUUUUCAGGGAGAUGAUAACUUCCGGGUGCCUCAUUUCACCCUCCAGAAGGCCUUUCACUUGCAUCAUGGCAGAAGCAGUUCUGAGUUUUGCAAUGGACGUGGCAGAUGAGAUGGGAAUUCCUGUUAUUUACUUUGACACCAUUAGUCCUAGCUGCCUCUGGAUUUAUGCUUGUAUUCCCAAGCUCAUUGAAGCCGGAGAACUUCCCUUACCUGGUGAAAGACGACUUGGAUGCACCAUAACGUGCGUACCAAGCAUGGAAGGUUUUCUUCGGCGUCGUGAUCUUCCAGGCUUCUAUCACGCCGGUGACUUUGCUGACCCCAAUGCCCGAUGUAUUAUGAUAGAGACGCAAAAACUCCCAAACGCCCGGGGACUCAUAACCAACACCUUUGAAGAGCUAGACGGACCUAUACUCUCUCACCUUCGUUCCAUCUGUCUGAACCUCUACGCCGUGGGGCCACUCCACACGCACCUAAAGGCCAAACUCGCAGCUGAGACUUCGCCACCGCCGCCAACUUCUUCAAACAGCUCAUGGCGUGAAGACCGGAGUUGCAUGGCAUGGCUGGACGCACAACCUCCCGAAUCUGUCGUCUAUGUGAGUAUUGGUAGCGUUUCAACAAUGACGGCAACGAAGGAGAGAGGAUGUGUGGUCAGUUGGGCACCGCAAGAGGAGGUGUUGGGUCACGGGGCAGUUGGAGGGUUUCUAACUCAUGGUGGGUGGAACUCCACGUUGGAGCGCAUGGUGGAGGGAGUGCCCAUGGUAUGCUGGCCUCGCUUUGUUGACCAACAAGUGUGGGAGAUUGGAUUGGACAUGAAAGAUAGGUGCGAUCGAGUAACAGUAGAGAAAAUGGUGAGAGAGGUGAUGGAGUUAAGGAGAGAUGAGUUCAUGAACUCUGCAGAUCGAAUAGCCAAAUUGGCCAGAGCAAGUGUUGUGGAGGGUGGAUCGUCAUUUUGUGAUUUGAACCGUCUUAUUCAGGACAUAAAACCAAUGGCCUGA